AUGCCUGGAAAUGUGGCUCCCCAGUUACCCAGUCAACCCCCAAAUCAUUACAACAUCAUCCCUUCUUACCCUCCAGCGGCAGCCCCCACAUCCUCUAUAUUCCAAGCGCUUCCCGCAAAUCCAACACCACCAGCAGCUAAUCUGGCCCAGUGCGCGGGUUCCAACACCCAUAUACGGAAUAUUAGCAAGUCAAAGCGUACUAAAAACCCUGCUCCUACUCCUUACUCUAGAAACCCUAAACCUCCUGUGUCAGCAACACUCAGUGAGAGUCCAAUCCGGAUGUUCAAAUGUGGAAUCUCAUUCUUCCAGGACAAAAAUCAGAAGAAAACUGGCAUCAUGAGUCACAUGCAGCAGAUUGACACAAGCCUUCUCAAAUUAUAUGAUACUCUUCAACACCAAUUAUGGCAGUUGUUCUCAUCCAAGCUCCUACGCAAGGAGAUAGUUGAAGGUCUUCCCAAAAUCCCAAUUGGCCGCACAUCUCUAAGCCACAACAAGAGUGUUCUGGAUCCCGACACCCUCCUCCUCCUUGUGGGACAGUUGACCUUAAAGAAGCCGGUUCAGAUUGACCUGAUCUAUGAGGACAAUGGAGAAGAUACCAACACAAUCCUUGCAACCAAGAAACUGGCUGCAACUGAAAGGUCCUUGAGAUCCCAACAAAGUGCUGCACCUUCAGAAUCCCAUCACCACUUGCAAGUCAGAUUGUUCCCGGUCAGACUCCUCACAUAA